AUGAAGAUGAAUACAAAAGGCAUACUCUUCGUCUAUACGAUGCCACUGGUAUUAUUGCAUGAAAGCUAUGGAUUCUUCGUUCCAGGUUAUCCUACCAAGCACAUUUCAGUUUCGCCUCAAGGAAAACUAUUGUCGACGAGAUCCAUUCCUUCCACCACCACCAAACCAUCGCUGUAUUCACCAAGUACCAGUACGAGUUCUCUUGCAUUAAAGAGCUCGGCUAGCAGUGAUGACGUCCAAAGUAUAACAGCAACAAAUAAACUGGAUAGUAUUCUAUCCAAAUUGACGUCUGCGUUUCCAUUCUUCGUACUGGGAUCCGCCAUUCUCGGCUUGAUGAAACCUUCUAGCCUCCAAUGGACCAACCAAGGGACGCUCAUCAGUUGGAUGCUGGCCAGCGUUAUGUGCGCCACUGGAUUGACACUCGAAAAGAAGGAUUUCACCAAUGUGCUGGCCAAAGAUUUUGCCGCCGUGCCCGCGGGAGUCCUGUGUCAGUUUCUGAUCAUGCCCCUGACAGCAUGGGCCAUUGGUCGCACGUUCCUACUUCCACUUCCCGACUAUGGUCCAUCUCUCUUUCUUGGCAUUGCGCUGGUGGGUUGCUCACCAGGAGGGACAGCCAGUAACCUUGUCUCACUGAUUGCCAAGGCGGAUGUCGCACUCUCGGUCCUCUUGACCUCGUGUUCGACCAUUCUAGCCGCCGGUGUCACACCUCUGCUCGUCAAGGUAUUGGUGGGCAACGCCAUUCACGUGUCGGGAUGGACCUUGUGCGAAGCCACAGCCCGCGUCAUUUUAUUGCCAGUACUAAUGGGAAUGAUUGUCAAUGCCAAAUUACCCAACCUGGCAAGUAAAGUCUCAAGAUUCACUCCCUUUGCUUCUGUGGUGUUGGUGUCCUUGAUUUGUGGAGGUGUGGUAUCCCAAAAUUCCAGCAUGUUUUUGUCCUCCAAGGCUCUGUUGCCCUUGAUUGUGGGGUCUGUCAUGAUGCUUCACUGUGUUGGAUUUGCCAUGGGAUACUUUGUGCCGAAAGUAGGCCUCAAGUUUAGUGAAGUGACCAGUCGGACCAUUUCCAUUGAAACGGGAAUGCAAAACUCGGCUCUGGCGGUGGUAUUGGCCCGAUCCAUGGGGGCGUCUCCCGUGGCAAGUUUGCCAGGAGCCUUGUCGGCCACCGUACAUUCCUGUUUGGGGUCCAUCCUUGCUGGGUAUUGGCACAGCAAAAACAAAAAGGGUAAAGAAGAAUCUUCUGAAUCCAACAAAAAGGAUUUCACGGAUCGUCCAGAAGAUGACUAUCCGGAACUAUUGAUAUAG